UAAUAAAAUCUAAAUGGAGAGAGCCUAUUCAGAAUCUUCAGAUAACGAGGAACCAAUCUGCAGAAUUUGUUUCGACACUGAAAGCAAAGGAAGUCUGGAAGGGAAGCUUGUCUGUCCUUGUAGUUGUAAAGGCAGCCUUAGGUUCGUUCACACAAACUGUAUCGAACAAUGGGCAAAAAUUAGUGCCAAUAUUUCAUCUGAUUCAAUGGAGACCUUGAAAUGAGAGCUCUGUAGCACAGUUUUUCAGAAAAAGAGGCAGCUACUAUCUCUGAAGAAGAUAAUAAAGAAUUUGCUCAAGAAUUUCAAGGAUCACAUCACAUCCCACUUUGAAUCCUUCCUUGUGCUGGUAUACAUCGGCUUCUUAGCCUACAGAGGAUUCAGUGAUGCGAAGCUGAGGUACCUACCGUACAAGAGGAAGUUUGGAAAGACCUUCGCUACCCUCAUGGUUGGUUUGUACACCACUGCAUUAUAUGCACAGAUUGGUUGUUUACUAAAGAAUGAGGUGAAGAGGCUCAUCAAGUUCUGCUACAUCUUCAAGGACAGCCUUUUCUCUUACAAAUAUUGUGAUAAAUAAGCAUCCCUCGGUGUUCCUAAUUCUUG